UCUGUCUGUCUCUUUCCUUUAUCACGUUUUUGCAUCAGUCCCUCUUAAAUUUAACGCUCGAAAAGAAACGGAAAAAAUGGAGUCUUCUGGUGCGGCGAACGAUAAUCUCUUGGAAAAUGGAACUUCUUCGUCUUCUGAAUCCGAAAAUGGGAAGGGAGGUUUACGAACCAUGCCUUUCAUCAUAGUGAACGAGUGUCUGGAGAAGGUGGCGAGCUACGGAAUCAUGGCCAACAUGAUACUGUAUCUGAUGAAUGGUUACGGAAUGGCUAUUGUGGACGGUACAAAAGUGAUGAACACUUGGUCCGCCAUUUCCAAUGUGUUGCCUAUCUUCGGAGCCUUCGUCUCCGAUUCUUACUUUGGUCGAUUCCUCGUCAUUUCCAUCGGUUCCUUCUCCAGCCUUCUUGGUUUAACAAUUUUGUGGUUAACUGCCAUGAUACCAGAGCUAAGAACUUCAUGUGAAUCAUUCAUGCUAAACUGCAGUUCUGCUACCGCAAUUCAACUAGCAGUUUUGUUCAUUUCCAUGGGAUUAAUCUCCAUUGGAGCUGGUUGCAUCCGACCUUGUUCCAUAGCAUUUGGAGCAGAUCAACUAACAAUUAGAGAAACGCCCAAAAACUUGGAUAGCUACUUUAGUUGGUAUUAUACCUCAAUUGCGUUAUCAACUGUGAUUGCUUUGAGCGUAAUUGUGUACAUUCAAGAAAAUCUUGGAUGGAAAAUUGGAUUUGGAGUACCUGCUGCGCUAAUGUUCAUAUCGGCUGUCAGUUUCAUUCUUGGUUCACCGAUUUAUGUCAAAGCAAAACCCGGUCAUAGCUUACUCACUAGUUUUGUUCAAGUAGUUGUGGUGGCUAUAAAGAACAGAAAACUUUGCCUUCCUGAUAGUUUUGAUCAGUAUUAUCAAGAAUGUGAUUCAGCUCUCGUGGUCCCCACUGAUAGCCUUAGGUGUUUGAACAAAGCUUGCAUUAUAAGAAAUCCCGAGACACUGUCAAGCCAUGGCGGAUCAGUUUUAGAUCCAUGGAGCCAAUGCACAGUAAGACAGGUGGAAUCACUGAAAUCUUUGCUCAGAGUCCUUCCUAUGUGGUCUACUGGCAUCUUUAUGAUUGCCUCCCAAGCCACAUUCUCUACUGUCCAAGCAAAUACCAUGAACCGAACACUUUUUGGCACUUUCAAAAUGCCUGCAGGAUCCUUCAAUCUUGUCAUCGUAAUCACUGUAUCAAUAAUCAUUCCCACCUAUGACCGUGUAAUGGUACCUCUGCUUGCAAAAUACAUGGACAUACCUAGAGGAUUCAGCUGUAGAUCUCGAAUAGGGAUAGGAUUGUUGUUCGUAUGUGCAAGUAAGGCAACAUCAGCUGUAGUUGAAACUAUAAGACGAAAAACGGCCAUUGAAGAAGGCUUUGAGGACCAUCCUAACGCUGUAAUUCACAUGUCAGUUUUAUGGCUAGUUCCUGAGUUUGUUUUGCUUGGAUUUGCUGAGGGCUUCAAUCCGAUUGGUCAGAUUGAAUUUUUCUACACUUAUAUACCCAAGUCCAUGUCUAGUUUUGCGAUGGCCCUUUUCACUCUUCAGCUUGCUGCUGUCGAUAUAUUUGGAAAUUUGUUGGUGAGUAUUGUGGACAAGGUCACUAGUGUAGGAGGGAAUGAGAGCUGGCUUUCAACAAACAUUAACAAGGGUCAUCUGAAUUACUAUUAUGCACUGCUCACUUGUUUAAGUAUACUUAACUACUUCUACUUUCUUGUUAUAUGUUGGGCUUAUGGUCCUGCUCUGGAGCAAAAACUUGAAGCUUCAGCAUGCAAGGAAGAAGAGCAAUUUGAUUACAUGGAAUUACCCACUUCCUAGAUUAUGUGUAAAGUGUUGUUUUAUCCGUAAACGAAAUAGGUUAAAAUUAGAUGUGUGCCAAGUGCUGUAUCGUGGUCUUGCACGGGUAUAUGCUGCAGAAAUGGAAUAAGGUAUAAUUCCCACACUAAAUACUACCGUUAUAGUGGAAACUUUUCUUUCUGAAUAAACUUAUAGUUGUAUCUAUAUCAA